CUGACCAACAGCUAAUAGAAUUAUUCAGCAAUUUUUGCAGAGAACGAUUCGAUUCGAUUUUGUGGGAUUGCUAAUUUUAUUAUCCAGCACGCUUGGAGAACUUGUGUUCGUUUACUUCAUUUUCUGGAUUGCAGUGAAUUUUAUUGGCUUCGUCAUUGUGCUUAACUAUUUUGCAACUCUUCAGAAAGAUGAAUAAGAUGAACCCAAAUCGUAGCAAUAAGGAUUCGGACACCACUGAGGAUUCCAACGCGAAGAAGAGUUUGCAAAUGGAUUCCGAUUCAUCAGACGUGUCGAAAGAUUACUGUGAUGGUUCAGAUGAGAACGAGGAGUCCGACCCAUCAUCAGGUUCCUCACAGGAUUCGAUAACUGAAAAAUUAGCGAAAGCCAUAUUAGAGGCCAAUCUAAGCGAGGACUCUGACUCUUCAUCGGGUUCUUCAGAGCACUCUCCAGCUCAAGAAAUACCAAUACCAGAAGCCUUGUUGGAAGUGGAUCCAAAUGAUCAGCAGUCGGUUGUCAAUGCAGUCGGACUUUUGGUUAACAUGAUUAACUCCAAACUGGAUGCUAUCAUGUCGAAAGUCGUCCCGCAAUCACCACUUGAUCUUGUCGACCUCGUCCGCCAGAAAAAACUUUGGAAGAUGCGUCAACGCGAUAAAGCCCAGUUGAAGAAAAGCUCCGAAUAGAAUAUUUUCUGUUCCUUUUCCAUUUUCGUACAAUAUUUCUUGUAUCAUGAUUAUAAUAAUGUUCAAUUUAUAGAGCAAUUAUAAUUUCGAAGGGACGCU